CACAGAAUCAUGGACUUCUGUGGUGAUCAAAACGGCAUUCACAAUUUUAUUCACAAGCAGUCGUGCGAGCGCUUGUGACAAAACGUAAAAAAAUAAAUUCUUCAAUUAAUUAUUUAUUUUUUAAAACAAUUAUUAUUUAAUAUUCAUAAUUUUUCAACGAAAAACAAUACUCAAAUAGAAAUAGUUAAUUUAUCAUUUUAAAAAAGUUAAAUAAUCAUUUGAAAUUUAAAGGAAAAAAAAUAGACAUUUAGAAGAACAUAUUUAAAAGUUUUAAAAAAAAAUUUACAAAAGUGAAAGUUAAAUAUUAAUAAAAUACAAAAAAUAAACAUGCAAAUUUUAAUUGUACUUGUUAUUUGCGGCGUAGUGACAGGUCAAUAUAGAAGCAAUACAAAUAGAUACUACAAAGCUGAUGGAUUUUUUUAUCCAGGAUCAUCAUCAGCAUCAUCAUCAAAUAGUCAAUAUAAUAAUCAACAUGAACCUACUAAAUUAGCGAAAUCAAUAGCGUUGGCAAAAAAAAUUGAUAAAUUGGAAACAGUUGAUCAAUUUUUAAAUAUGAUAGAUGGAGUACCAGAAGACGAGGUGGAUUCAACUAUAAUGAAUCGAUCUGGUCAAAGAUCAAGUAGAGCGGUGCGUCCAAUUCCAGCAAGAUGUUUGCCAGAACCAAAAACUGUAUCAUUUGUAGUUGAUGAGUAUGAUCCAUCUUUAAGUUAUUAUCCAUCAUGCACACGAGUCAACAGAUGUGGUGGAUGUUGUAGUCAUCCAUUAACAUCUUGCCAACCAGAAGCAACCGAGCUAGUUAAUUACGAAGUAACAGUAACUAAAUUUGGAAUUGGUGAUGUUAUUGUAUGGCAUGAAAAACAAAUAAUGCCACUGGAAGUACAUUUAAAUUGUUCAUGUGCUUGUAUCGUAAAAGAAAAGGAUUGUAAACCUAGUCAAGUUUAUUUGAAAGAUGAAUGCAGAUGUGAGUGUAAAAGUAUCGAAGAAGAAAUUAAAUGUAAACAAAGUAAUUAUGUUAAAAUUUGGGAUCCAAGUAAUUGUACUUGUUCAUGCAGAAAUGUUGAAAUGUGUAGUACUGGUGAUUACUUUGACAAAAAUUCAUGCAGAUGUGAACCAAUAAAAUACCAUCUAAUAGAUUGGGGAAUGAGGGACGACGAUGAUGACAAUGCUGGACAAGCAUCGCCAAAAGUAAACCGUCCUGUUUUAAUAGUACCACCAAAUGAUCCUCGAAGAAGACACAAAGAUGAACCUCAAUAAAACCUCUACUAUCAUAUUUUAUUUUACUACUUCUACACAAAAAAAAAAAAUAGAAAAAAAGACUGGUUUUUUUGUUGUUGCAAGUAUUUAUCUCUCGUUAAAUUAAUUAAUUUUUUUUUUUGGUUUUAAUAACGCAAACAUGCGUCAUCAAAAUUUAGUAUUAUUAUUUUGUUUUAAAUUUUUGGAUCUAAU